GUUGGGCCUGGAACUGGCAUCACAGCGCGAGAGUGCCAGGCGCACCCCUGCGGCGGUAACCCGUAACGGCAGUUUUCAUCCGCUGGGGUCACGGAGGAGCAUCCUUGCUGGCGUCGACAGCCCUGAGAAGAUGAGCGAACCGAAGGCCGCAGGCUCGGCGGAGGCAGCCAAGGGGGCCGAGGAGGAGCGCGGGACGUGGGGGAACCAGUGCGAGUUCUUCCUGUCGUGCCUGGGCUACGCCGUCGGCUUCGGCAACGUGUGGCGGUUCCCUUACCUCUGCUACAAGAACGGCGGCGCGGCCUUCCUCAUUCCCUACACAAUCAUGCUGCUGUUCUCCGGCCUCCCGAUCUUCUUCAUGGAGCUCGCCCUCGGCCAGUACGUCAGCCUGGGUCCCGCUCUGCUCUUCCCCAAACUGGCUCCUGUGUUCUCGGGCCUGGGCUGGGGGAUGGUCGUGAUCCCCCUCCUGACGGCGCUGUCCUUCAACGUGAUCAUCGCCUGGUCCUUCUUCUACAUCUUCGCCUCCUUCAGUGACGUCCUGCCCUGGAGCCGCUGCGACAAUGACUUCAAUUCCAUUAACUGCUUCACCGACGCAGAGGCCGAGGCGUGCAAGAAUUCCUCCCUCGUCUACUACAACCGGACCUGCCUCAGCGUCGGGGACUACUGCGGUCUGGCUGGCUUGGGGGAGUUCAACAAGACCCACUGCCACGACCCCGCCAACGGGUCGGCUUGGGUCAGACCCGUCGAGACAGUCCUCACGAGGAUUUCAGCCAGCGAGGAUUAUUUCAAGAACCGCAUGCUGGGCGUCACGGGGCGGUCCUGGGACGACAUGGGCGGCCUCAGAUGGGAGCUGGUGGGCUGCCUGGCGCUGGCGUGGGUGAUCGUGGGCGCGUGCCUGGCCAAGGGCAUCAAGUCGUCCGGGAAAGUCGUCUACUUCACCGCCCUCUUCCCCUACGUCAUCCUCGCCAUCCUCUUCGUCAGGGGCAUCACCCUCGACGGGGCGAUGAAAGGGAUCGAUUUCUACUUCCUGCAGCCGGACUUCUCUCGCCUGAAGGAGGUGGAGGUGUGGAGCGACGCCGCCAUUCAGAUCUUCUAUUCCCUUGGCGUCUCCUUCGGCUGCCUCAUCACGCUCUCCUCCUACAACAAGUUCAACAAUAACUGCAUGAGAGACGCCAUCAUCAUCGCCUUCUCCAACUGCUCGACCUCCGUCUUCUCCGGCUUCGUCAUCUUCAGCAUCCUGGGUUUCCUGGCGCAGGAGCUCGGCGUGGAGGUGAAGGAUGUGGCUUCCUCGGGCUCUGGUUUGGCCUUCAUCGUGUAUCCUGCGGCAGUGUCCCUCCUGCCCCUUCCGCAGCUGUGGUCUGUCCUCUUCUUCGUCAUGCUCAUCAACAUUGGCUUGGCGUCGCAGCUGACGAUGGUUGAGACCGUGACCACUACCCUGUUCGACUACAUGCCCUCCCUCAGGCACCGUAAGCCCCUCGUCGUCGCCUGCGUGUGCUUCGUGAUCUUCCUGCUGGGGCUUUCGAUGUGCCUCGAGGGCGGGAUACUCAUGUUCGAGCUCUUCUUCUGGUACUCCGCCGGGAUCUCCGUCAUUAUCCUGGCCAUCGCGCAGAUCGUCGGCGUUGUCUGGGUUUACGGUUUCCGGAGAUUCCUGAGUAACAUCAAGGAAAUGGGCGUAUACAUCCCCGCCCCUCUGAAGGCCUACUGGCUGGCUACUUGGGUCUUCAUUACACCCGUUAUGCUCGUGGUGAUCUGCUUCUUCUACAUCUACUUCUUCGUGCCGGCGUACUGGGGCGACUACGUGUUCCCGGCCAACAUCCAGAUCCUGGGCUGGCUCCUCUCCGCCUCCUCCAUGGGCCUCAUCCCGCUCGGAGCCCUCGCCGCCAUCUGCAAGACCAAGUCCUUCAGGGAACUCUUCCAGACCUCGCCUGACCUGUGUCCUGCGCACGUCAGGUCACAGAGGGCGGCGCAGGAGGAGAGGCCUGCAGCUAGCUUCGAGUAUGACAACGCGGCGUUUGAAGAGACGCAGAAUAAACUGUAUCCUGAACUUACACCAACAGAGUGACACAAGAUGAACUAAAGAAGAUCACAGAAUCUCAGAAAAAACGAGCCUGCAGAGGCAUGACACUGAUUGCUAUAUGAGACACGGAUUCCUAUUUUCAGAUAGGAAGGAAGAUGAAGCCAAAUAAAUAACUCAAUAAAGUGAGCGUAGAACAGACGCCAAUCUAUAA